AUGGCUGGCAAGAAGAACGCCAGAUCUGAGCCCGUUGCGGCACCCACGAUGACUGCCGCAUCGACAACUUCCGCGAAAGCACCCUCGACACCGACCAAGAACCCGAUCCCCGUCCCCACGCCUGCCCAGCCAAAAGCUGUCGCCGCGCAAGGUGGCUGGGCCCAAGUCUUCCAGAACUUGUACGAUUACUAUCUCGCCGAGACGCCGCAGCGAACCAAGCUCCUCGAUGUGUUUCUGCUCUUCCUCACGCUCGCGGGCGCUUUGCAGUUCCUGUACUGCAUCCUAGCCGGAAACUACCCUUUCAACGCUUUCCUGUCAGGAUUCUGUGGGACGGUCGGGCAGUUUGUCCUGACGAUUUCACUACGGAUCCAGACGACCGAAGCAAACAAGGCCGACUUCCCCAAGGUAUCGCCCGAAAGGGCAUUUGCCGAUUACGUGGUCUGCAGUCUCAUUCUGCACUUUUUCUGCGUCAACUUCAUCAACUAG